AAGAGCUGAGCUACUUCUAAUGCUUUUUUACAGAGAGAUGCUUUCUUCUUCUUUCUCUCGAACUUUCUCUCUCUAAAUAUUUUGUUUCGUUUUCUCUCUCUCUCUCUAUUUACUUUCGUUCUCUCUAUUUUUUUUGUUUGGUUUAGCUUAUUUGUGAAGUGUUAAAUCUUCUUCAGUUUCUGGGGAAAUUAGGUGGGGAGGUGAAAAAGGGGGAAAUAUAAUUGAAAUUGGGUUCUCUCUGCUGUGCAAUAAUAAUUUCUGAGAGGAUUGUGAAGAAGCGCUUUUAUGUAAGAAGAUAUCUCAUUAUUAGUUAUUUACAUGAGAAUCUGACAUUCUUAACAACUGUCUGUGGGGUUAGUUUUGUCCAAAGAACUAUACAGAGAUGUCUCAGACCAACUGGGAAGCUGAUAAAAUGUUGGAUGUCUAUAUCCAUGAUUAUCUGGUUAAAAGAGAUUUGAAAGCUACAGCUCAGGCUUUCCAAGCUGAAGGAAAAGUGUCAUCGGAUCCAGUUGCUAUUGACGCACCUGGUGGAUUUCUGUUUGAGUGGUGGUCUGUCUUCUGGGAUAUAUUUAUUGCUAGGACCAAUGAGAAGCAUUCCGAGGUUGCUGCAUCUUACAUAGAGACACAGAUGAUCAAAGCACGAGAACAGCAAUUGCAGCAAUCUCAACACCCACAAGUUUCACAGCAGCAGCAGCAACAACAACAACAGCAGAUUCAAAUGCAACAACUCUUGUUGCAACGUGCACAGCAACAGCAGCAGCAGCAACAACAACAACAUCAUCAUCAUCAGCAACAGCAACAGCAACAGCAGCAGCAACAGCAACAGCAGCAGCAGCAGCAACAACAACAUCAAAACCAACCACCUUCUCAACAGCAGCAGCAGCAAUCAACGCCUCAACACCAACAGCAGCCUACACCACAGCAGCAGCCUCAGAGAAGAGACGGGUCCCACCUUGCAAAUGGAUCAGCAAAUGGACUCGUUGGUAAUAACAGUGAACCAGUUAUGAGGCAAAAUCCUGGGUCUGGGAGUUCCUUAGCUAGUAAAGCAUAUGAGGAGCGUGUAAAAAUGCCUACUCAGAGGGAGUCCUUAGAUGAGGCUGCUAUGAAGCGAUUUGGGGACAAUGUUGGACAACUGUUGGACCCAAGUCAUGCAUCAAUAUUGAAAUCUGCUGCAGCCUCUGGACAGCCUGCAGGGCAAGUGUUACACAGUACAAGUGGUGGUAUGUCUCCACAGGUUCAAACUCGAAAUCAGCAACUUCCUGGGUCUGCAGUGGAUAUUAAAAGUGAGAUCAAUCCCGUGCUCACUCCCAGAACUGCUGUUCCAGAAGGAUCGUUGAUUGGAAUUCCUGGUAGGUUUGCUGUUCUGAGUGUAUCAUUUCAGUUGGUUAAGCGUGUCAAAUGUAGUAUAAGUACUUCAGCUCACAAGAAUUUGCUUAGGAUUAAUGACUGGUUUCCUGUUUCAGGUUCAAAUCAAGGCAGCAACAACCUUACACUUAAAGGGUGGCCACUCACUGGAUUUGAUCAGCUUCGUUCUGGUCUUCUUCAGCAGCAAAAACCAUUUAUGCAGUCUCAGUCUUUUCACCAACUCAACAUGCUAACUCCUCAGCAUCAGCAACAGCUCAUGCUGGCUCAACAGAAUCUAAAUUCACAGUCCGUCAGUGAAGAGAACAGAAGACUGAAAAUGCUAUUGAACAACCGGAGCAUGACCCUAGGAAAGGAUGGCCUUGGGAGUUCUGUAGGGGAUGUGUUACCAAAUGUCGGAUCGUCAUUACAACCUGGUGGCUCUCUUUUGCCUCGUGGAGACACCGAUAUGCUACUUAAGUUAAAGAUGGCUCUGUUACAGCAGCAGCAGCAAAAUCAACAGCAGGGUGGUGGGAAUCCACCACAGCCACAGCCGCAGCCACAACCACUUAAUCAGCUUGCCCUUACAAAUCCGCAACCACAGAGUUCAAAUCACAGUAUUCAUCAACAAGAGAAAUUGGGAGGUGGUGGUAGUAUUACGAUGGAUGGUAGCAUUUCAAAUUCUUUUCGAGGAAACGAACAGGUAUUGAAGAAUCAGAGUGGGAGGAAAAGAAAGCAACCGGUUUCGUCUUCUGGACCAGCUAAUAGUUCAGGAACAGCUAACACUGCGGGACCAUCACCAAGCUCAGCACCUUCUACACCUUCAACUCAUACUCCUGGAGAUGUGAUCUCUAUGCCUAAUCUGCCGCACAGUGGUGGUUCCUCCAAAUCAAUGAUGAUGUUUGGCACUGAAGGAACUGGGACUCUUACAUCUCCAUCAAAUCAGUUGGCUGAUAUGGAUCGAUUUGUGGAAGAUGGAUCACUUGACGACAAUGUUGAGUCUUUUUUAUCCCAGGAGGAUGGUGAUCAACGGGACGCUGUUACACGGUGUAUGGAUGUUAGUAAAGGUUUUACGUUUACUGAAGUGAAUUCAGUACGUGCGAGCACAACCAAAGUUACCUGUUGCCACUUCUCAUCGGAUGGAAAAAUGCUUGCUAGUGCUGGACAUGACAAAAAGGCUGUACUAUGGUACACAGACACUAUGAAGCCAAAGACGACCCUAGAGGAGCACACAGCUAUGAUAACAGAUAUCCGUUUUAGUCCUAGCCAGCUUCGCCUUGCGACUUCUUCGUUUGACAAGACUGUCAGGGUUUGGGAUGCUGAUAAUAAAGGUUAUUCCCUUCGUACUUUCAUGGGACAUUCUUCUAUGGUUACAUCACUUGACUUCCAUCCCAUCAAGGAUGAUCUUAUAUGUUCCUGUGACAAUGAUAACGAAAUAAGGUACUGGAGUAUCAACAAUGGAAGUUGCACAAGAGUGUACAAGGGUGGUUCCACCCAGAUAAGGUUCCAACCACGUGUUGGAAAGUAUCUUGCGGCUUCAUCAGCAAAUCUUGUCAAUGUACUAGAUGUAGAAACACAAGCUAUUCGACACUCUUUACAGGGGCAUGCUAAUCCGAUAAACUCGGUUUGCUGGGAUCCCUCUGGUGACUUCCUGGCAUCUGUUAGUGAAGAUAUGGUAAAAGUAUGGACGCUGGGGACAGGUAGUGAAGGAGAAUGUGUUCAUGAGCUAAGCUGCAACGGGAACAAAUUCCAGUCAUGUGUUUUCCAUCCGGCUUACCCCUCGCUGCUCGUAAUUGGUUGCUACCAGUCUUUAGAACUAUGGAACAUGUCAGAGAACAAGACGAUGACAUUACCAGCUCACGAAGGGCUAAUUACAUCUUUGGCUGUUUCAACUGCAACUGGAUUGGUUGCAUCAGCUAGUCAUGAUAAGCUAGUGAAACUGUGGAAGUGAAAACUAUGAGAGAGGAAAAGAGACGUUUGUUGUUUAGGUAUUAUUAGUAAUCAUGGUUUUUUUUUUAACUUGUAGUGUUCUCUCUCGGCCAUUAUCUCGAUCUCAAGAUAGUUUUCCAGAUGUUGAACAAAUGUUGUUGUAUGAUCUGACGAAAUUGGGAUCUUGAGAAAUUGUGAACAACUCUUGUUGUAAUCUUUACUAGUCCUUUUGGCUCAGCUUUAAUUUACUGGCACUCUUCUUCACUUAGUUUGGGUUGGUUUGGUAUUUUAUGUUUGAACGUUUCAAUAACUCUUUAGCUUUUCG